AUGCAUUACGCGAAGUUCACGCUAGCCCCUUACAUCCUAAACUUCGGAGUAACGGAGAAAGCGUGGGGAUUACGACGCACCUACACUGUACAUUCAGGUAUUCCUGCGGCUAUUGCUUUCAACGUUGUUGUGCGAUGCAUAGCGCUUUCCGUAUGGAUCAGCGUCUUCCUGUCGAUGUCAUUCGCUUCUCUGGAAGGUGCAUGGGGUGAACUCCGUUACGCGAGAUGCUGGGAGGAUGAUUGCUACGAUCACCGUCUCGCUCAAAACUGUACGUUUGCUGCACCGAAUGAUGCUAAUUGUAAACAAUUUCUUUCGGCCAUGAGCAACACAAGGGCGGAUUUCAAGAAAACCACUCCGGUUAUACACUUUUCACAGAAGUUUCUACAGGAGGACGAAUCGAAGAUUAUAUUUCGGGAAAAUUAUACGCCUGAUCCUAUACUAAUUGGCACUUUGGUGCUCACAUGGAUCCUUGCUAUACUGGUAGCAUCGGCUGGAAUUCGUGUCAUUACUAAAUUGUCAUGUGUCGUAAUAGCUAUUGCAGUGUUAUGCUGUGUUAUGCUGAUAGUUCUCGCAUUCACCACUGGUGACGUCUUUUUCUCACUCCGUCACUUUUAUGAGCCUCAUCCGAAGUCGCUGUACCGCGUGGAUAAUGUCUCUACUGGCGGAGUGAUCAGAAUUGCUUCCGCUCGAGGAUUUCACCACUCCCUUGCGAUUGAUGUGAUAUUCAUUGCAGUCAUCACAGUAGUUGUUAAUGCCAUCACUCUCAUAUCCAUGAUGGCUCUCAUGGAGAAAUAUGCAGCUGAUUUGUAUCCGUUCGAACCCCCAGACAAGCGGUUUCAUUUCGCACUUGUUCACAACUACAUGUCAAUGAUGCUCGUAGUGGAGACAAUUACCGGUGUUAGUGGUGGCUGGGCUAUGGCAGGAUUUUAUUUCCUUCAGCUAGCAAUCGUGCCCUUUCAAGUUUUGGUAAUCUAUUUGUGGGUCUUAACGUCAAUGUUGCAUGAAAAAUAUGCCAGUUCUUUUCGGCAGCGACUUCACAGUGCACGAGCCGUCUUACUUCUUGUAGCUAUGACCAUUCUCAGUGUCAUCACCAGUUUCUUCUUCAUUUUGCCCGGAUACACUUGGCGAGUCAUAUUCAGCGUUAUGACUUUCAUCUGGGUUCCGCUCAACUUCCUACUCAAAGACUAUGAACGAAAGAGCAUUCGCGAACCAAUCCAGGUCAUGUUCCGUCCCCAAAAAGACUGGGGACCGGCGCAUACGGCAAAUCGUGAAGAAGCAAGGCGAAUGGAACGGGCCAUGCGAGUUUUAUGA